CGGUAUACCAUUUCAUAACAAAAUGGCGGACACUAAACUCCGAAACCCGCGAAGAAAAAAAGGCGCUAAACACCAGCGAAAAGAGCCACCAUUUCCAAUCCCUGUGCAGACUUUGACUGGAAAAACAAGUUGCGAUGAGCGAUGGUUUUACUACACGGGACAUUUUAGCGGAGUCUCCGUGGUCGUGGAGAGCUCUGGGGAUAUAGUUGAUCUUUACCGCAUGGGAUUUUUUGGGAAAGGUAACCUGUCACGAAGUAAACCAGAGUACGAUGUCUUGUCUAACAUAUCCCAGCGAGCAUUCUCCAAAUCGGACAAGCUUAGGAGAUUGCCUCCUAAGGAAAGACAGAUUAGGCAAUCAAAAUUCAGAGAGAUCAGAAAAGAAAGAUAUAGAAAUCAUUGCAAAUGGAGAAAGUUAGCAACAGAAAAACAAAGCUGCUCAGUUGAGAGAGAGCCAUCUCCACCAGAGACUCACAUGACACAAGAUUUGUACUCUGAUGACAGUGAGAGUGAGAGUGAUGGCGAAAAAGACUUUCAAGCUAAUGAGAACGAUGAUGAUGAAGGUAAUGGUGAUAGCAGUGGUGAUGGUCAUGAUCAUGAUGAUGAUGAUGAUAAAGAUGUUACGGAGGUCAUAAAAGAUGUUUUAAAGCAUUCCAAGCCCUGCAACAAAAGACCAGAAUCAAAUGACUCUUGUCCUCCAGCUAAAAGACCUGACCCAUAUCCUGUGUUUGAGCAGCUUCAUCUCAGCUUAGAGGAGGCUUUCUUUUUAUCUUAUGGGCUGGGCUGUUUGUGUGUAUUGGACAAAGAGAGGGAGAUGAAUCUAAAUGACAUGUGGCAAGCCUUCUGUGCAGCAAGUCCAGACUUUUUGCAGAAAUAUAUAGUCUACCACUACCUGCGCUCAAAAGGAUGGGUCCCAAAAACUGGGCUAAAAUAUGGAACUGAUUAUGUCAUUUAUAAGGAAGGGAUGCCAUUUUAUCAUUCAAGCUACUCUGUUGUUGUUCAGUUGGUAGAAGAGAAGUCACUUGACACACAAAAUGUUGUACAAAGCAGACCGCUGACGUGGUGUAGUCUGUGUGGGCUCAGCAGGGUCAAUGAACAUGCUGCAAAGGAAGUAAUGAUCUGCUAUGUGAUAAAACCCUCUGAAAUAAUGAAAGAGGAUCUUAUUCUUCCAUCCUGCAUUCCAAGAUUUAAAGUACAGGAGGUUGUUAUGAGACGAUGGAUUCCUGAAAGGGCAAGAGAACCAGAUAAACCAUGAACCUUUAUCUAAUUUGCGAAGGCAAGUUAAAAAUAACAAUCAUUGACUUUCACUGCUCUUUAUUAAAAGGCUGUAAUUAACUCCUUUUGUAAAUAAAUGAAUCGUUAAAGAAGAUUGUACAAAGUAAACAUCAAUUGAACAAGAUGCAAAUUUCAUGUUUUACUGAUAUGACACACAGAAAUACAGAAUUGUGAUUUAUUAUUAUAUACAUUAUUAAAUGAUCUGAUGAUAUUGUUUUUUUUUCACUUUUAAUAAAAGAUAAAGACACAAA